AUGGGUUGAACAAGCACAUGAGCAUCAAGUGGCAUUGGCUGCGGAAGGAGGUGAAGCUUGGGACACUGGAUCCAAUCUACGUGAAAACUCAGCAACAGCCAGCCGACUUCCUUACCAAGCGGCUAGCUGAAGAGCCACACUGGCGCUGUGCGAGGAUGGCGGGAAUGUCUUUGAACUAGAGACGGCGAAACAAGCCGACAGUCUGAGGGGGAGUGUGUUGGUGCAUAUUCGUUUGCACGUCAUCCUGUCGUCUGUUCGCAUCAUUUCGUUGCAUGUAUGAGGAGGAGGAGGAGGAGGAGGAGGAGGAGGAGGAGGAGGAGGAGGAGGAGGAGGAGGAGGAGGAGGAGGAGGAGGAGGAGGAGGAGGAGGAGGAGGAGGAGGAGGAGGGGGAGAGGGAUGGUGGAGGUGUAGCAGCUAUAGAAGACAACCCCUUCCUGUCGGAUGAUGAGGCGGAGGAUGUAGUCUAUGAGGCGGCCUGAGGACAGGUGAAGGAAGAGGUAACCAGGGGCAGAGCGAGCGUGGCCAAGGUAGACCCACUCAAUGGCCUUGGAGGCGAGCUUUCCUGCCUGCCGAGAGCGGUCAGUGGCACCAGUAUCGAGAACAAAGUCAAUCGUGAGCGAGGAGGGAGCUGAAGACACGGGGUACUGGAAAUCACUGGCAUUAAAAACAGAGGGAUACAUGGAAGUGGAAGCAGGGGAAGAACGCAUGAGCUCGCCUAGAAAGCUCGAGUGGGAGGCGGGAGCACUAGGGGAAGGAGAGCCCCAGAGGGGAAAGCCAGGA